CACAUCCCUAAUACUUUCAUCAAAUGACUCAACCAUCUGAAGUUUCUGUGUUUAACCAGCAAAGUCCAGCUCACAAUGAGUUCCGUAGUGAUACCUUCACCACCCCCACGGUGUCAAUGGCCAAUGCCAUUUUGCAUACUUCUUUAGGUGAUGCCGUCUACAACGAGGACGAUUCAACCAUCAAAUUAGAGAACAAAGUUGCUAAAAUUGCCGGCAAAGAAGCUGGUUUGUAUUGUGUUAGUGGAACAUUAUCCAAUCAGAUUGCCAUUCGUACAAACCUACUCCAACCACCAUACAGCGUGAUCUGUGAUGCCAGAAGCCAUAUUUAUGUCCAUGAGGCUGGUGGAAUAGCCACUUUGAGUCAGUUGAUGGCAACUACAAUUGAGCCCAAAAACGGUCGUUAUUUGACUUUGGAGGUCGAUAUUUUGCCUAAGUUUGUCCCUGAUGAUGGUGAAAUCCACGGUGCUCCCACCAAGUUGAUUUCUUUGGAAAACACUUUACACGGGAUGAUUUUCCCACUUGAUGAAAUCAAGAAAAUCAGUGCCUUUUGCAAGGCGAACGACGUUAGAUUGCACUUAGAUGGAGCUCGUUUAUGGAACGCUUCUGUCGAAACUGGUAUUCCUAUUGACGAGUACUGUAAAUAUUUUGAUUCAGUUUCGUUGUGCUUAUCCAAGACUCUUGGAGCUCCAAUUGGCUCAAUUUUGGUUUCAGACCGCAAGUUCAUCAAUAAGGCUAAUCACUUCAAAAAGCAGAACGGAGGGGGGAUUCGUCAAAGUGGACUUUUGGCUGAAAUGGCUAUCGUUGCAAUUGAUGAGAAUUGGGGGAAGUUGAAGAAAACCCAUGAGAGAGCUCAGGAAUUAGGAAAGUUAUGUGACGAUCAUGGUAUUGCUUUGUCUCACCCCGUGGACAGCAACUUUGUGUUUCUCGACUUGGUGAAGAAUAAGAUGGAUGUCAACUAUUUGGCUGAGCAGCUGAAAAAACACGGAAUUAAGUUGCUGGGCAACCGUAUUGCAUUCCACUACCAGGUUUCUGAAGAGAGCUUUGAAGCCGUGAAAAAGGUGGUUUUGGAGAGUUUUAACUAUUCCAAGACUCACCCAUGUGAAACUCUGAAGAGCGUUCACUUUUAUCUGGUCAACGAUAAGGUGGAAGAAAAGUGAAAUUUAUAUUUACUUAUGAAAGCACAAUAUAUCCGUAUGCCAUAGUGAACUUUUGUGAACCAUACUUCAUUUUGUCUUGUUUUUUAACAGUCUUUAAUAUGGUCCUUCCAUUUAAGGAGUUAGUUGCAAAAAUAACGAAUUUUAGAUUUUCACCUCUUAUUUAAAAUCGAUAAGAAAGAGAUAGUUCUAUCCAACUUCAAAGUUGAUCUGGAUGAACAUAUCAACAAAUCAACAACUUGAAAUA